AUGGCUGGUAGGCCUGUGCCCCCCGGACGCCAGGAGGAGGAGACUGCCAAAGACCCCGGGUUGAAACUGUCGCUGGUCCGGCCUCCGGGCCAUCUGCCCAGCAUUGAUGAGGCCCGACCAGCAGGUCCGGGCCCAGCCUCCCGCCGGGGCUCAGUGCUGGGCCCGACUUCAUCCUUUUCCCGCCGCAACUCGCUGGCUGGACCGGGCAUGGGUCCUGGGGGCCGGCGACCAUCCUUGGGCCCAAUGCCGCCUUUAGGCUCAAGGAUCAGCUUCUCCGGGUGGCUCCUGGCACCUCCUCGGCGGAUGGCACCCUCAUAUCGCACUGAGCCAGCGCCUGGGGAGCGCUGGGAGGCCACGCGAACACAACAUGCCCUGGAGGAAGUGCUGGCCACAGGACUACAAGACACAGUCUACUCUGGCACCAAGGCAGGGCCCCUGGCGCGGGAGCUGUGCGAACUGGUGCACACGCGCCUGCGAGAGCUCAGCCCGCCCCGCUACAAGCUGGUGUGCAGCGUGGUGCUGGGGCAGCACACGGGCCAGGGCGUGCACGUGGUCAGCCGUGCGCUCUGGGACGGGGCGCAUGACGGCCUGGCCUCCGCCACCUUCACCAACGCCUCGCUCUUUGCAGUGGCCACGGUCCAUGGGCUCUACUACGAGUGA